AUGAGUGGGGACAGGACUAACAAGAGCAGAUACGGGCUACGAAACUACCCGGACCCAGAAAUGAAAGAGGACACACCGGCUAACGAAGUGGAGCUAACAGCGGAGCAACAUGGCGACCGUAGCAUUAGCAUGGACAUGAUUCGAGAAGCAAUGAAAGAUGCCAUGACCUCGUUUCACACAGAAAUCAAGAAAGACCUGGAAAACUUCCGUUCUGAAAUAUGUGAGGAAAUGAAGAAACAAACGGGGGAACUAGCGACUGAAAUGAGUCAAAAACUUCAUGAUACCAACAUACGAGUGAGUGCGGUGGAGGAGCGGAUACAACAGGUGAGGACAGCAUGGCCGAGUCCGAGAGAUGGGAUAUCGGAGUGA